CUAGUCAAAUCAAGAGUUCAUUAUUUGCUCUAUCUCUAUUGUCACCACGCAACCGAUUUGUCAACGCUUUUGAAUCUAUCUACGAUGGUGGACUUACCCUUUCUACCGGGAAACACAUUUAUCGAUCCAUCUCGUAAUCGCUUUCAUUUAUCUCAUACACUUGGACUAAAGGAUGGUUAUCAAGUGGCGAAACCUUAUCCUGAAGUGGGCAUUGGUGGAACACCUCUUAAAGUAAAUCAAUUGACGGAAGCGGAAUUGGAUGAACUUGCAAAUUUUCGGCCUAUCCUUACUUAUGGAAAGUCUAAGUCGGAACCAUCAAACGAGUUUAUUCCGGCUCAUUUAGCCCUUGAUAAAAAGGUGUUAAGAUUUUUCGGAUAUUUUAAAGAAACAGUUAACGAGUCUGCCCAAGAGCACUAUCGUGUUAGAUAUGUGACUAUUUAUUACUAUAUUGAAGAUGAUACCAUAUGUAUUGUUGAGCCCCCGAGAGUCAACAGUGGACUUCCACAAGGUAAAACUUUUUGGUUGCAACUACUUAACUUCUACUUAGGAAAAAUUUUGCGCAGACAAAGAGUACCAAAAAAUGCGAAUGGAGACAUUUGGAAUUGGAAUGACAUAAAUCUUGGGAUGAAUCUUCCAGUCUAUGGGCGCGUUUAUAGAAUAACAAACUGCGAUAAAUUUACAAAAGAUUAUUUGGAAAGCGAGGGUAUUGAAGUAAAUGAGCCUGAGCAAGAACCUCAGGAUCCAUAUUUGGCGGAAAGACAGGUUCGCGAAGCUUUAAAAACCUAUAAGACGCCUUCUUCGUUUGAUGCAAGGCGCCAGCAACUUGAGCUUGAUCGAAAGGUUUUGCGUUUUUAUGCUGUUUGUGAUGAGGGAGGCGAAAUGAGCAACGAAAUGAGAAAAAUCACUAUUCAUUAUUAUCUAUGCGACGAUACAAUGGAAUUAAGAGAAAUGCACCAACCAAAUGAUGGAAGAGAUCCGUUUCCAGUACUAGUGCGCCGCGAAAAAAUGGCAAAAGAUCGCUUUAAUGUGCCCUCAUCUUUUCCUUCCAUCUCUAUGGAACUCACAAGUAAUUUUUUAAAAUUAUUGUUGCCUUAA